AGGAGUGGUUGCGCAUGGGAGCCUGUGGUGUUGGGGAAAGCUGCAAGAAGGGCAGAGAUGUGAAGCUUUAGGAAAGGAGGUGGGGGCCCAUCCCCUUGUGCAGGCAGCAAGCGAGCAGAAGUGUUCCAUCUUUCAUUUGCAGGGCUGAGAAGCAUAAACCUGGGAGAUUUCUCUGCCUGGCUUUUGAUCUCUGCUGUGAGGGCUCAAGGGAGGCCUGACCUGGCAUGGAUUAUUGACAUGAGCAAAGCUAUGUACCUGGAUUACCUUCUUUGUGGUGGUUUGUCCUUUUUUCAUGACCCAAUCUCAGUGACACUCAGUUGUCGAGCAUUCAUCUGAGACUUUGACUCUGACACCUGCCAUGAACUUCGAAAUAUUCAGUUACCUUUAAGCAAGAGGGAUGAAUCAGAUGCCUGAUGACUACCUGUCAACCACUAGCUCCUACAACUAUGAGCAGCCCUUUCCCACCGUGGCUCGGACAAGCACUGUCACCAGGGUACCCCCAGCCAAAAAAAUAACAUUCUUCAAGAGCGGAGAUCCUCAGUUUGCAGGAGUCAAGAUGGCCAUCAAUCAGAGAAGCUUCAAGAGCUUCAAUGCACUCAUGGAUGACCUUUCUCAUCGGGUCCCACUGCCAUUUGGGGUACGGACCAUCACUACCCCACGAGGAAUACAUUGCAUCAGUGAGCUGGACCAGCUGGAGGAUGGAGGAUGCUACCUUUGCUCCGACAAGAAGUAUGUCAAACCUAUUAACAUCACUUCUGUGGGACACAGGCCAGGCCCUCCGCGAAAUGGUCGUCCCUCCAGUACCAUGAGAAGAGCAGCUCAGGAGGGCAAGCUUGAAGAUUAUUCCGCACCUUUCACUCACCACGGCCCCAGAAUACCCAAGAAAAUCACUCUAGUUAAAAACGGGGAAAGUGGUUUUCGACGCUCAAUUAUCUUGAAUCGCAGAAAUGCCAGGAGUUUCAAAACGCUCCUGGAUGAGAUUUCAGAGAUCCUGCAGUUCCCAGUAAAGAAACUCUACACUGCUGAUGGGAAGAAGAUCGACAGCAUGCAGGCUCUGCUUCACUGCCCCAGCGUGCUGGUGUGUGUCGGUCGGGAGCCAUUUAAACCUGUAUCGAUGGAGAAUUUGCGGAAACACUCAGUGGAGAAGCUGCCCAACCUGGCUCCCCGUUCCAACGGCAACAAUGUCAAUGAAAACAAUGAAAUGAACUUUGGACUGGAAGCCAAAAAAAGUGUUAUCCAUCCACGGUCAGCAUCAAGCAAUAGGUCAAUGAGAUUUUCUUUAUCAUCAGAAAAGUCGUAUCCUAAUGGUCUUGCUGCCUCACCAGAUAAUGGUGCACCUUUCUCAAACGGUUGCUCACAUUCAAAACCUGGAGACCUGGUCCAUUCCUUGGUCAACGAUGACAUAGAAAAACGGGUGCAUGUGAACAAGGAUGGAAGCUUGUCCGUUGAGAUGAAAGUCCGUUUCCGCUUGCUAAAUGAUGAGACUUUGCAGUGGUCCACUCAGAUCAGAAAGUCCAAUCUGAUGAACCAGAUGCCUUGCCAAGAGUCAGGCGUAGAGGAGGACAGUGGAGUAGACCCCAUACAGAAAAUGAACCCAGAAGCCAGCUCAGAGGCAGAUGAAUCAUUAUAUCCCUGUGAUAUUGAUUCUUACAUGUCAAAACUUGAGGAAUCAGAAUGUGAUGAGGCUCAUUGUCACAGCUGUGGAAAGAAACACCAGGACUAUGACAUUUGGAAAAACCCCAUGCACACAUCCCAGAGGGAAGAGCCCAGAGUACAAUGCACCUGGCACACACGGUCAUCAUGCUCCAGCACAUCUUCCCGGAGGAGAGUAGUCCACAGAAAAAUGGCAUCCAUGGAUAGCCUCCACACCACGUCCAGUGAGGAAUUCUCUGAGCACAUUGUGCAAGAGUCCUCAUCCUACUCAGAGACUAUAGAGAACAGAGUGGCAUACCGAUCCAUUAAAAAGUGUAUGUGUCGAAGUGAUCUGUCUACAGGUGCUUCCAAUGGAGAGGACCAACAAGAAUACACUCGGACAAGCACGGGCAAUAGUCAGAGACCUUCAUCCUUGGGUUUAAUGUCACAUUCAAGCUGUGAAAACAACCUGGAUACUCAAGACGCCCCUGAAGACCAUGAGGCCAGCAAAAAAAAUUUACAAAAUGAAGAUGAAAGUUGUUCUGAAGUUUCCUCUGUGAAAUGUCUAAAGGAUGAUAUGGAAGAGGUUGAAAGCAGCAGAGUUGGGAGUGUCAUGUCAGGAUCUUCUCUGCAGUCCAGACAGAGCAAGAAGAAUGUAUGUGAGGAAACAAGUAGUGUGGGUAGGAGCAUGUCCUCCUCAAGCCUUCAGAACACACAUCAAGAAAAUAACACUAAGUGCUCUACUCCUGCCAGCAGUGUGCACAGCAAGUCUAGCAACUGUGCUACGCCAAGAGCAAAGAGCGAACAGGGUGACCACUCUGAUGACAAUGUAGUCUCCUCCUUCUCCAGUGAGUCCUGCCCUAAGAAAGAGGAUGAAGACGCUGAAGCAGAACAAGGAGAAAAUGAAAUCAAUGAUGUCAGCUCAGUGUCAGCAAAAACAAAGCCCAGCCAAUCAGUUAGAGAUGAAAGCAGUGACAGUGAACGAUGCUCUACGCAAGGAACCUCCCAUUCCAGAGCUAGUGACAGGCACAGCAAGAGAAGUGACAGCAAUGAGAUCGUUCUGUGCAAUGCCUCUUGCUCUUCCAAAGGAUCCAAAAAGAGCAAACACAGCUAUAUUAAUGUGGAUGCACAGUCUGAAAUGUCUGUGUCAUCACUUGAAUCCACUUGGAAUAAAAAGAAGAAUUCCCUACAUGCAGAUGAUGCGAGAUCAUGCAGCAGGGCAUCUAAUUACUCCAAAAGCUCAUGUGAAAUCAAGAAAAAAUCUGUCGGAGACGCCAUGUCUCAUAGGUCAGGUUCUCUUCACUCCAACAUUUCAUUUACUAGUGAAGCAGAGGUAAUUGCAGGUUUUACUGAGGAGAAAAGCUUGAAAAGUACAACCAAUGCCUACAGUGAAUCCUCAAAAGGCUCAAAGAAGAGAAGCCAUAGAGAAGAAAAUAGCAAGACACCUUCCGUCUGCUCGAGCGUUUCAAGCCCUAAUGAAAAAGCUGGAGAGGGUCGUUCCAAGAUUAAUUCAGAGGCCACUUCAAGACAGGGAAGUAUGAGUGAGAGUGUUUGUUCAAAAAGUGUCCACUCAACUGGGACUGGCAUUAGGAAUGGAAAUCCUGCAAGUGUCUUUUCAAGAGCCUCUUCUAAGUCAGAAGUAAAAGGUAAAUGUUCAUUGACACAGACAUCCCAGGAAAGUAACGAUAGGUAUUCACAGUCAAACGUAUCUCAAUCUUCAAAAGCAAGGCCAAGAAAAACUACAAAUCUUCAUGUGAAGAUGUCAAACUCCAGCCGAGCGUCAUUGUCUGAGAAUUUGUCGGUAUGUAGUAUGCAUUGCCCUGUCCCACCAAAAGGGAAACCGAACAGCAACAAAAUACGUUCAAACAUGUUGAAGAAUUCCUCCAUUAGCAGCAUAGGUACUGAGUCAGUGCUGACCACAGGAAAAGAGCAGAAAGAAAUUGUAGAUUCCUCCAAAGCCACUUCCUAUGGGUCUAAAUCAGCUGCGACUGAAAUAAAUGAUCAGGAGAAUAAAGAGAUUGAUGAUUCUUGCAACAGAAAAGUUGAGGAAGAGUUAGAAGACACAGGCGUGCAGGAGGAAGGGAGCGAUUUAAUGCCAUCUGCUCUACCAAAUACAUCUCCAGAAGAAGUUGUGCAAGAAUGGCUAAGUAAAAUCCCGUCAGAAACAUUGCUUAUGAAAUAUGAAAUGGAGGACGGUGCAGAAGAGGAAUGUAAUGAGGCAACCACCGAGGUAUCGAACAGUAUAAAUACAGAGGAAAUCUCAGAGAAUGAAAAAGCUGAGAAAAAGAAUGUGGAGGAGGCUGAAAAUGAGGCAAAGGGUGAAGAGGGACAAGAGACAGAAGAAGGCACUGCUAUUAAUGAAGAGGCUGAAGUAUGUGUGAAUCAGGAAGAAAGCCCUGAGGCUUUGUCCGAAGCUGCCAAAGCUGACCAGGCAGAAUGCAGCCAGUCAGUUACAUCCAGCCAAAAUAACAACAGAAGAGACCUUCCAACCUCUGUCAAGACUUCUGUCCAGAUCAUGAAGGCCUUGCUCAGUUCAAAACAUGAAACAAAAUUUGACCGAUCACACAGUUUGCCUGAAGUGUCCCCCACUAUGGGAAGAAAACUGAGUAACUCUGCCAACAUUUUGAUUACUUGUCUUGCCAGUCUCCAGCUCCUUGAUGAAAAUUCAGAAGAUCCAUCAGAUACAUCAAAAUAUUUGAAUAAGUCGAGGUAUAUGGAGCUGCUAAAUAUUUUUCAGGCCCUGUGGUUUGGAUGCACAGCUGAAAAAAGUGGUCCAAGUUCAGGUCAAGAGGCAAGUGAGCAGGCAAAAACAGCCUCUGGGUUUAAAUCCCCCAAAUCUGUAGAUUAUGACUUCACCCCCCUGUCCUCCUCUGGGGUCGAUGUUAGCAGUGGUUCUGGUGGCUCAGUAGAAGACAGUACCGCUGGUGCCAAGGACUGUGCCUUAAAGGCACAGAAAACUGCUGGAUUCAAAUCAGUUGAACCAGUGGAAAAUGUAGAGACUGGCACGGAACUGACUGAGGCUGAGGGGCAAAGUAAGGAGGAAGAGCUGUCAUCCCGACCUUCCACAGCCUGUUCAAAAUCAAAAGGUGAGGAAAAAGCACAGUCUACUAGAGGGAGCUCUGUAAUUCAGGAGGCAGAAGAGAAUAAGGAAGAUCAGUGCAGUAACUGUGAAAAUGGUCAGGAGGAAGGGGGAGAAGGUGGAAACCAAGAAAACAGCAAAUUAACUGAAAGUGGAGAACAAGAAGCUGAAGCUGUGAAUGAUGAACUUCCAAAAGAAAAUCUUGAAGAGGAAGCUGAUCAGCUAGCCACUACGGAUGAUGCAAAUGUCAAUGAUGCUGAUUGUGGGACAGAGCUGAAAGCAGCUGUAGAAGAACAGCUUGGAGAAGAGUCUCCAAAUGACCCAGAGUCCAAAGUCGAUAUGACCACCAGUAUGGACACAACCCUUGUCCAGCAGAAGUCAGCGGAUCCAGACCCAGUUUGGGUCCUGAGACUGCUUAAAAAAAUUGAGAAGGAAUUCAUGGCUCACUAUGUCAGUGCCAUGAAUGAAUUCAAAGUCAGGUGGAACCUGCAGAACAAUCAGCAGACAGAUAAAAUGAUACUAGAGCUGAAGGAGGAAGUGAGUAAAAGGAUACAAAGAAGCAUAGAGAAAGAGCUGAGGAAGAUCAAAACCAGAGCAGGAAAGAAUAUGCCAAGACCUCCAGAUGAACCACUCAAGCAUGAGUCAACACUCCAAAUUGAGCAGAGGAGACGGCGAUUGCAAACUAUACAUAAAAUGUCACUCUUCAGUGAGAAGAAUGGAACCCAGACUAGAACCCAGAGGCUAGAGAGCACAUCAGACUUACCAUUUGACGUAGAUGAAGAUAUAGCAUUUGAUGCAGCAUUUGAGGCCAGUACUAGUACACAAAGUAGUGAGGAGGAAUACUGCCCAUGUGACUCUUGCUUGAGGAAAAAAAUGGCUUCCAAGCCAAUAAGAAACCCAGUGGUGGCCACCAAUGCCCCAAUCAUGAAAGCAUUUGAUUUACAGCAAAUCCUGAGGUUGAAGAAAAACGACAAUGAGGAAGCCUGUGUCUCAGAAGCAGCCCAGGAUACCAAAACAAUUCCCAGCAGUUCUAUGGAGGAAGCAGCAGAAAAUGGCAACCCAAAAGAGGAGAAUGAUGCGGGUGAACUCCAGCCAAAUGAAAUGGAAGUGGAGAGCAAUGAGGAAAAGGAGGCAGAAUUAAAUGAUGUAGGCAGCUCAGCGUUGAACGGAGAUGGAGAAGGACCUGAAACAGCAGAGAGUCAAAACUGUGAGAUGGAGGAUGAAGAAACCAAAGAAGAGGAAAAUGAAGAGGCAGAAGAAGUGGGGGAAGAAACAAAAGAGAGAGAAGAAGAGGAAGAUGAAGCAAAAGAGGAGGAGGAAGAGAAUGAGGAAGAAGAAAUAACGAAGGCAGAAGAAGAGGAAACAAAAGAGGAGGAGGGAGAAACAAAAGAGAAAGAAGAUGAGGAACUAAAAGAGGAAGCAGCAGAGGAAGUGGAAAUAAAAGAGGAGGAAGAGAAGCAGGAGGAAGGGAAGGAGGCGGAAGAGGAAGAAACAAAAGAGGAGGAAGAGGAAGUGAAGCAGGAAGAGGAAGAGGAAGUAAAGGUGGAAGAGGAAGAAACAAAAGAGGAAGAGGAAGGGGAAGUGGAAGAGGAAGAGGAAGUGAAAGAGGAAGAUGAAGAAACAAAAGAGGAGGAAGAGGGACUGAAGGAGGAAGAGGAAGAAACAAAAGAAGAAGAGGAAGAGGAAGUAAAGGUGGAAGAGGAAGAAACAAAAGAGGAAGAGGAAGGAGAAGGGGAAGGGGAAGGGGAAGAGGAAGAAACAAAAGAGGAGGAAGAGGAAGUGAAGGAGGAAGAGGAAGAAACAAAAGGGGAGGAGGAAGAGGAAGUGAAGGAGGAAGAAACAAAAGAGGAGGAUGAGGAAGUGAAGGAGAAAGAGGAAGAAAAAAAAGAGGAGCAAGAGGAAGUGGAGGAGGAUGAGGUGGAAACAAAAGAGGAGGAGAAAGAGGAAGUGAAGGAGAAUGAGGAAGAAACAAAAGAGGAGGAGGAAGAGGAAGUGGAGGAGGAUGAGGAAGAAAAAAAAGAUGAGGGAGAGGAAGUGAAGGAGGAUGAGGAAGAAAAAAAAGAUGAGGGAGAGGAAGUGGAUGAGGAUGAGGAAGAAACAAAAGAGGAGGAGGAAGAGGAAGUGAAGGAGGAUGAGGAAGAAAAAAAAGAGGAGGAAGAGGAAGUGGAGAAGGAUGAGGAAGAAACAAAUGAGGAGGAGGAAGAGGAAGUGAAGGAGGAUGAGGAAGAAACAAAAGAGGAGGAGGAGGGAGUGAAAGAGGAGGAUGAAGGAAAAAAAGAAGAUGAAGACGUUAAGGAUGAGGAAGAAACAAAAGAGGAGGAGAAGGUGCAAGAAGAGGAAGAUGUAACAAAGGAGGAUGAAGAAGCAAAAGAAGAUGAGGAAGAAACAAAACAAGAGGAGCAGGAAGUGGAAGAAGAGGAAGAAAACCCAAAAGAGGAGGAGGAAGAAGCAAAAGAGGAAGAAGAAAUAAAUAAAGAGGAGAAGGAAGCAAAUGGGGAAGAGGAAGAUAAAGAAGACACUCAAAAUGAAGAGCAGGAAGCUGAGGAGAAGUCCAAAGCUGAAGAUGAAGCUGACAAUGAAGCUGAAGAAGCAGAGGAGCCAGAGGAUGAAGACAUUGGAGCUGAUGAUGUGGAAGAGAUGGACAAAUGCAGAGGAGAUGCUGGCUCUGGAACUGACAAUAAUCCUGAAGAUGUUGCAGAAGGCAAUGAAGAAGCUGAGCAGGAUGAAGCUGAGGCAGUGGAAGACACAAAUCCAGAGUCAGAAGGUGAGGCAUGUUCAGCUGAGGAGGAAAACAACAGUGAAGGAGAUGACAAAUAUGAUGAGAAUGAUGAGAAACCUACCAGUGAUGACCCUGACAAAGCACAUGAAAAACAUGAAGACAAAGGCAACAACAAGGUUUCUGAGAGUGCCUCAAAGAUCAAAGGCAAAAAAACCAACAAAAGACUAGAGACUCUGAACAAAACAGCAGCCUAUUCUUGUUAUUCUUCUGUAAGAAGCUUCUCACACAAAUCCCAGAAGGGGUCUGAAGAUGAAGAGGAAUGCAAAGAUGACACUGACUUUGUGAACAACCAUCCCAAUGGAGAGGCUCAAACUGAUGAGAGCAGCAAACCCUCACAGAUGUAUCCUGACAGUGAGGAAGAAGAAGAGGACAAAGUAUCUUCAUGCACUGAUCCUUUGGGAGAUGAGGACCCAGCAGAUGCCGAAGGUAUAGGUGCAAAGGAGGUUGAACACACUGAUGAAGUUCAGGCUUCUAAAAAGAAAGAAGACUCUGAUCAUAUUGACCAGGAUGACCUGGACUUCUAGAACUGCUUAUCAAAAACAGUAUUUUUCUUUCAUGCUUUCUUUCUUUUUUAAAGGUACACUUUCAUUGCAUAUUACAGUAUCUCCAGUGAGUUAAGCCAUCAUAACUGGCUUUUGUUCUUGAGUUAAAUGUGGUAAAUUUGCUCUUGAAUCCUGUGAGUAACAUUGCAAUUACCUGCCCUCAUUUCUAGAGGGCUAGUAAAUUAAUUAAGUUGUAGUUGUUUCAAUAGGAAAGUGGUUUGGGGAAAGAGAAGGCUGUUUUGUUUGUGAUAACUUCUUGUUCCCACUCUUUAAACCAUGCUGUUUGCUGCUUGAGUAGUCUGUGGCUCUGCUGGGCAUCAUCUCUGAGUGACUUCAGGAUGCCUUUCACCGGUUGCAUGCCAUUUUCCUGGAAAGAUUGCCAAUGCACAGAAAUGCGACAAAAUCUGGAUUCAUUGCCAAAGUCUGGUCAGAGCCCACAGAGACGUACAUUCAUUUCCCCCCUACCCUGCCUUACCCUACCCUACCCUACCCUAUCCUACCCUACCCUACCCUACCCUACCCUACCCUACCCUACCCUACC